CGAGUCGGUCACACGCCGAGCGAGCCGCCUCGAUGGCUGCAGCGCGGCCGGCCUUCCUGCCCGGCGCGGCAACUCCAAGCACCGCCGCCUCCCCGUGAGCGCCUCCGCCGUAGCAGCCGCCGCCGCCGCCCCCUGGCCCUGCCCAAGCGAGCCGAGCCCGCUCCCAGCUGCUUGCGGUGCGGCAGGCUCGGCUGAGCUGGGCGCGGCCAUGCAAGCGCGCCGCCUGGCCAAGCGCUCCAGCCUGGGCAGCCGGCGUUUGAGCGCGGCGGGGCCCGCUCAGCCUUUGCCGGAUCCGGGCGCCCGCGGCUUGCAGAAGCCCGAGGGCUCUUGGAGGCCGCCCCGGCGGGAGGGCUCGGCGGCCGCCCUCGAGGAAGAGGAGGAGGAGGAGGACGUGGUGGUCGACGUGGAGGAAGAGGACGACGCCGACGAGGCAGAGCCGGGCGUGGGGACCCCUCCGUUGGAACUGACCGGCCUGGGCAAGGGCCACGCGGCCGCCCGGGGAAGCCUCAAGGCAGGCAGCAUCAAGCGUGAAAUGACUUUCACAGCAUUCCAGCAGGAGGACGUAAAAAGUGGCCUGAAUCAAAAACUGUCAGACCAACAUUUUUUUCUGCUGGGUAUGAAGGAGGAGGAUUCCAAAACAGCAGAGACCAAAAAGCCUGGCAGAAUCCAUGAGCAUGAGAAAGAAAGCACGCGUUCAGUCUGCCUUCUUGAACAAAAACGCAAAGUUGUAUCUUCAAACAUCGAUGUGCCUCCUGCAAGAAAAUCAUCAGAAGAACUGGAUAUGGAUAAAGUGACAGCAGCUAUGGUAUUAACGAGUUUAUCUACCAGUCCUUUGGUUCGCAGCCCUCCUGUCCGACCUAAUGAAUCCUUAAAUGGCUCUUGGAAAGAAGGAGGAUUUGUGCCUUCGAGUACUAGCAGCAGCGGCUACUGGAGCUGGAACGCUCCCAGUGACCAAUCCAAUCCAUCCACCCCGUCUCCACCUCUGUCUGCCGACAGCUUCAAACCCUUUCGAUUGCCCUUUCAAACUGAUGAUGGCAUUGAUGAAGCUGAAAGUAGCAGUCUCCUCUUUGAUGAGCCCAUUCCGAGAAAAAGGAAGAAUUCCAUGAAGGUGAUGUUCAAAUGCCUUUGGAAAAAUUGUGGAAAGGUACUUGGCACAGCUGUUGGUAUUCAAAAACACAUCCGGACCAUCCACCUUGGGCGAGUAGGAGAAUCUGACUACAGUGAUGGAGAGGAAGAUUUUUACUACACAGAGAUACGUCUAAACACUGACUCAGUGGCUGAUGGAUUAAGUAGUCUGUCUCCCGUCUCCCCAUCUCUAGCGUCUCCUCCUUCUUUUCCAACCCAAGAUGCAAGCAAAAGUGAAUUGUCUUGUGCCAAAAUGGACACUAAAGGGAUGACACCUCUGAGUCGUUCAGCUCCCACAAAUCUCUACCUCGUUCACACGGACCAUGCUUAUCAGGCGACACCUCCAGUGAACAUUCCAGGAUCCACCAAGUUCACACCCAAUGGAAAUAGCUUUAGCAUCUCUUGGCAGUCACCCCCAGUUACCUUUACUGGUGUUCCAGUUUCCCCAACUCAUGCACGUCCUACAGCUAGCGGAGAGCAAAAGCAACAGAUCCAGACCAUUUUGUCAUCACCACCUAGAGCAUCAGUAGGCCUGAGGAAACCAAGAGGAGAAGGCAAGAAAUGUCGCAAAGUAUAUGGGAUGGAGAACAGAGAUAUGUGGUGCACCGCUUGCCGCUGGAAGAAGGCAUGCCAGAGGUUCAUUGACUGAAGCAAGGAAAUGCGGAAGAUGCGGAAGAU